AUGCUGCAAGUUCAACAGGUUAUGUGUUUCCUGGCCAUUUCCCACUCCUGCGCCGUGGAUGGAAAAGAAACAUUGAUCGACGGCGGACACCUGCUAGGAAGAAGUCUGGGACUCACCAUACAUGCCUGCGAUGAGAACCGUUCAGUGUCCCGCGCCGCCGUGGGGCGCCCUGCCAAGGUGGUUGCCCCUCGCAGUGUUUCUGCUGCGGCGUCUUCGGAAGAGCAGAGUGACGCUCAUCUCGAGAAGCAGACAGAGAUCAGCGUUGCCUCAGACGUUCAAUCCGAGGAACGGCGGUGCGCUCCAAACUUGGACGCAGGCCGUCUACAGUCGAACUUGUCAGCCAAACACGCAUCGCCUGACGAUGCAGCGAUGCUAGCAGCUACUCCACAGCAAGCAAUCAGCGAAGAGAAGCACGGCGCCAGCGACCGCGGUUGUCCAUCUUGCCCUCUGCCUACGUCGCGGGGAGUGGGUGAGCAACCGACGCCAGCUACCAACCUGACCAGCGCCUCCGUUGGUCCAGGUGAUGACGGAGGAGUUGGGGAAAUUGCACGCCAGUGCACUGUCUAUCCUGGCUUACAGCUGGCUUUGACGAGGUCUCUGUCUUUUGAAGAUGUGUGCGACGAGGAGAUAACAGGCUUCGCCUUCCAGGCAUUCUCUUCCCCGUCUCUACAUACAUCAUCUGACAAGAUGGACAGUGGUCUUUGGAACCAGCUAGGAUGCCCGUCCACGCCUUGUUCGUCGAACGGGAGCAAAACGGACGAAGGCCCCAUCUCAGUAGGGGCCUCGGAGGUUCGUCCGUCGUUUUUGUUCGGAGCCUCUCAGGCGACAAAGUUCUUCAGUGCAGGGGCCCUGUCCCUCGAGGAGACAGACUGCGGUGUACUCCCCGACACAGGCACCCUGUCCUGGGAAGGCGACGAGGAAGCCGACGGCACGGAUACCCACUUCCGAGCGGUCCGCACCGGAGUGUGUCGCCGCUUGUCUCGAGAUGAAGCUAGGACAGCAGACUUUUGUCGUGACGGGGACAUCUUUGGAGAUGGAAACCACUUUGCGUUUCUGUCGCCUUCCGGUCAUAUCAGGAAACACACCUUCUCCCCCACCGCGGCUUCCGCUACGAGGCAGGCGGGCGCCUUCAGCUUGUCGCCAUACCUCUUACACCCCGUGGCCCCAGUCCCGGUCCAAGAAGGAGCUUCCGGCUGGGAGAAAGGAACGUCUUUCUUCGGAGUUGUGUGUUCCUGUUUACCGUUUUGUGACUCUCACUGCGUCUCGCGAUGGGCAGUCGUCGAUCCUCUCUCCUGUCCCCCGUCUGUGCAGGCAUCCCCUGCUCCUUGCGUGACACGCUGGAGUCGAGAAGCGCAGCCGCACGGGGGAGACCAGACUGUUGCCAUGCCUGAGACGGUCCAAAAGUCCUGCUGUCCGCUGGAAAACCUAGGAGAAACCCCCGUGUUUGACGUUCUAGGACAGCGCAGCCCAAGUUGUCACCGUGAUGAGCUGCAACUCUGUCAGCUUCGAUGCCCCCGCCUUUCCUCCUCUUAUCCUUCGUGCCCGUUAGAACACGGUGAGCCUUCCAUAGUCGCUUCAUCCACGCACGAACAGAAGACGCGCCUUGAACUUCCAAGCACCCCUGUCUGCAUGGACAACGUGCACCUGUCUCGCUGUACGCUUCUCCCGCUGGCCGACUCCUCUACUCGCUUCCGUUCCUCCAAAACGCUCAACGACACUUCGUCGGGAACGCCGCCUUGUUCUGCGCCUGUGGGAGCUUCAAAGGCCUCCGGGCUUCUACCUGGGGAUCGCUGCGGUGCGGCGAGCCCCUCCGGGGAUUCAACCUGGGCUGGCAGCCAGAGUACCCCCAGUACCGAAGCGACGGGCAUCUUCUCGACAGAGGGGCAAGAAAAAGGCAAACCGAGAGACACUGCCGCCUUGCUUCCACAGCCGGCGCGACCGUCGUUACACCCGAACGACGCAGGAGACCGUCCAGCGUUCGAACUCGGCGGAGGGGCCUGGAUCCGGGAUAGCGACGGGCAUAAAGGACACGGGGGAACCGCGUGGCGGGAAGACGUUUUCCCGACGGCGGCUGAUUUAACUUCCAGUGGAGCUGGAAUGCUGCAAUCCAGAGGAGGUACAGCUCCGCCUGGUGGCCGAAGCCACCCCGCGGCCUCGUACCGCGUAGAGGAAGGCGAAGAGCCACAGGUCUUAAGCGGGAAUGCAACCGAAAGAGGUGCCCCAGCGCCUCAUUGUUGGAAGGCGGGCAGCCCAACAGAGAGGCGGGUCAGCGCUGAAUAUACACGUGGCGAGAGCAGAAAAUCGGACGAGCCCGAGUACCCGAAGGGCGACACACGAGAGAUUGGCCUCAGCUGUUUGCAUGCGUCCCCACGAUGUCUAACAGAGUUUGCGCUACGGGCGGCCAAACAGGAAGGCAUAGGCAAUGAAUACUGUCCCAGCUCGGUGGAUGGAACGACGCCACAGGACGUGACGCGGAUAAAAAAGAGGGCAGAGGGCGAGGCAGAUCAAGGCGCGACGAAGAGCUUGGCUUUAAGAGGCUGUCAAGGAGAGCUACUUCUGGAGGCCCCGAGGCGAACCGCCACAGAGUCUGUCGCAGGGCUGUUCUGCGUUGACGGAGCACUGGAGUCUCCUUCUCUUCAGCCGUUGCCUUCCACGUGCCUGACCCAAAGCACCCUGCCCGCAGCUGCAAGCAGUGCUCAGGCAGACGGCUCUCCCUUCGUCCCUCUACCCUUCUUGGUCUACCGCGUAAACGCGCCUCUCCGGCGAGACGAAACUCCAGUCGCCUCGGACUGUACAGGAGCCUCCGGCGUCAAGGCAGACGUUUCCGGGCAUUCAACGUGGCGUCGCGAGACGCCAUGGCACUCGGCGUCUCCGCCGAGUUUCCAUUCCGCACCGUCUCUUUUCGGCUCCCUGAGUGUUUCGUGCCAAGCGGUGUCUCCGACUGCAUCAACGAGGCGUUGGCGAUGUCUUGGUGGCCUCGAACCGGAAGCUUGCAGUGUUCCAGCAGCGUAUGCUCUAGCUCUUGAAGGCAUUCCCCUCCCUGUGUGCAUUGUUUUAGGACGCACCAAACUCGGUGCACUUGACAAGAGCCUCAAGGGACUGACCAGGGAUUUAGAGAACCAUGUGCUUCCGGCAGGUCUUCACGCGGCUUCGCGACGGUCUUGUGACGAAGGCUCGGAAGCUUCUGUCCACCGUCAUCUGACAAGCACCGACAGUAGUAUCGGAGCGGCAGCACAGCCGCUGUCACGAGGGAAGCAGCCGCCUUCGUCUUUCCUGCACUCUGAGCUGACGGCAAAGCCGGCCACAGCGCCUCGGCCUGGGAUCGCGUCGACAGCCGUCUCGGAAAAAGCCGGGCGCUGUUCCGUAAGUUCGGACGCACAAGCGACGGGCCAAGGAGGCCUUGGAUUCCUAUCCAGCAGCGAGGCGGAUCUCCAAUCUCCUUGUCCUCCGGAAGACUUGACCGGAUUUCAGCCACUCGCAGCGUUGGCCAGCUCCUGCCAUGAUGCUGCACCAGAAGCAACAGAAAAACAGACGGGGGAUCGAUUUGGUGGCAAAAUGCUGGCAGAAUCUUCCGGCCAUCCGGGAGGUGCUACCAAGGCGUCUUCUGCGCGUCCCGACGGUUUGACUCCUCUGUCAGGUUCCAUGCCUUCCACCAGUGCAUGCCCUCCAGGCUACAGUACGCUUCAGGCAUGCCUGUUCAAGUCUUCGGAAAACACCGGGGACUCCCGGACUCCGUUGCCUGAUGUUCCCCUGGGCACUGGCCCCUCCACAGGCUCAAACGCCACGGUGGAAGCUUCAGACCUACGCGCGGCUGCCUUCUCGCUCGACACGGCUGCCCUUGGAUCAGCGCAUCAGCCUGACCCAAGCGUGGCUCCGGCGCCGGACGUACGUGGCGGAGCUCUUCGUUUCGAUGCUCUUUCGGAUCAGGAACAGCCGGCGCCGACCCACAAGUACAGUCUUGGUUGCGACCCAGACGCUGCCGAUUCUACAGCCUUCACACCCCCCUGCUUGUCUUCGGAAAUACGUGCCUCACGCAGCCAACCUCCGGGUGUUCUUCCAAGCCCCGCCAUGUCGGAGGUCCCGGCGCCUGCACAGGCCGAGUCGGAGUCCUGUGUGAACAGUCCGGCGGCUGGGCGCCAACCGCUGUCAGCAGGCACACAACCUCUCAACCAGGCACAGGGCCAGGCGACGUACCAUGCACCCACGAAGAGCUCCUUCAUCUACGGUACUGGGGCAGGACGCCACGUGGUUCCCCUCAACAGUGCGAUGGAGUUGCGAGGUUCGCCGGCACGGGUGCAAGCAGGAGUUCCCAAUCCGCAACUCCUCCCUCCCAUCCUGGCGUCAGGAGCGUUUUCUGGCAUGGUCGGCGAGAGCCGGUUCCAACCGUUUGCCUCAGUGCCGCAGACACUUCCAUGUCUUGCUGCGCCCCUUGCGUCGACGCCGCCGUUUUCUCCUUUGGGGGCGUCAGCAAUUCUGCCUUUUGUCGACAGCGGCCAGGCGCCUUCCACCUUUGUUGCUCGGGGUGACCGCGGCCCGGUAUUUCCUCUGAUUCGGCCCGCAGGCAUCGGAAACGGCUGCCUGGAGGUCGUUGGACCUCCGCGCCGCAUUCCGGGGACUCGAGACGAGCACCCGCCCCUGUGGGAGCUUACCAGCGUCUCAGGGGGUGCGCCGCCGUUUGGUGGAGCCGCCAUGAGGUCCGCAGCUUUUCGUCCCGUUUUCCCUCCUGGGCCCCACAUGUCCCUCAGCGUUCGCCGCAACGCAGCCGAGACGCUGGAACCUGAGCCCUCCGGGUCGCCUCAAAGCGCAUCUGGUCUGUGUUCUGCCCCCCUCCUCAUGUCGCGCCCGUGUCCAGACUUAUCUCCCAAUGUCUGUGCCCCGCCUGCUUCUUUCGGGCAAUCGGCGCCCUCUUCUGUGCCACUCGCAUCGAAUUCCUGCCGAAUGUCCCCUCCCCGAGUCUACCACGUGGUCAUGUGUACGCGCCGAUACUGGCGAGUCGAAUGGGUCAGCCCGGAUACCGGCCGUCGCGUGUACAAGCACUUUGGAGAGAACAAGUACGGUGGCGGAGAGCAAGCGCGCGAGGUAGCAAUGAAGUUUUGGGACGAAGUCCGCAGACGAUCCGUAGAUGGCGUUCAGCGUGGUGAGUGGGCCGGGCUGCAGGAGGUGACGCGGAGGGUCCGAGAGGAAGGGGUGGAUCGAAUUCUCCACGAGGUCGCCAGUGGAGGUGGGGGUGGCGACUUGGAUGUUUCGUUGCAAGAGCCGGCCCCCAAACAAGGUGGCCCGCAGCCUUCUGCAGCUGCUCGAGAGGGUCUGGCGUCCCACGAACCUAGACAAAAUGAGGGUGAAUGCUUCGCAGGACAUCCUUCGUCGGACGCACAGGCUGAGACUGUCUGUGGGACAUGGGACGCUCCCCUUUGUGAAGGAGGUAAUGUUCGGUUGAGAGAGCUUUCAAAACCUUCGCGUGAGCUACGUGAUGACCAGAGCGCACUCAAGACUUCUCGCAACUUCCAAACGGGUCAUCUGCCCCCGGGAUUCUUGGGAUCCCCGGGGGUGUCGCAGGAUGACUGCGUGGAAAUUGAUACUGGGCAGACGCCGGUCAAAGCCCAGCCGUCUCCCAAGCGCUUGUCGAUGUUUCCUGCGUACAACAGUUCUCAGAUGAGAAGCUCAACUGGCUUGGUUUUGCAAGACGCCAUCCAGGGGUGUUGUGGAGUUUCAGGCAGUCAGCAGCCAUCCUCGACGAAGCAAUCCGAUUCGACCCCCGAAGCGGUUUCAGGCUGCAAUGACCGCUGGGGUGCUGUGUUGCCGCAGAAACCGGCCGCUCCCCCGGAAACGCCAUCCUUGCUGCGCGACUGUCAAGGCGGUAGCCGCUUCUUCCCAGCAUCUCGUCCAAGGCACCUUCAGAGCUCAACAGAAGCCGUGGCCGCCCCCGACGCACAGAAGCGCAUUUCUGGCGUGGUACCAGCAGAUACUAUUGAGCCACACUCGGACGUGAACAUCUUGCAGACGCGUCUGGGGACUUCCCAAUUGCAUGCGGCGAACGGCAACGUGGUGGUGAGCCCGACGAUGCAAUCGGAGAGCGUUCAAGCGGCUGGCGAGCGGGGAAGAGGAACCGACGGAGGGAGUAGCUGCUGUUCGGGGCCUGUAGACACGGGCCCUCGAGGCUGUUUUCCAGGCGACGAGCCUCCGGGGCGGGUCGCGCUUCAUCUCUUGCCAAAGCAAGAAGAUACACUCAGCUUGCAGGGGUACUCUGGCUGCUCGAAUGCGAGAGUUUCCCCAACCUUGAAAACGGAGCAAGGCCAAUCGACUAUCGCUGCGGCCUGUGAACGAAGCGAGGAACAAACCAGACGAGAGCAGCGAAGCUCCUGUGGAGCCAUCCAUCCAGAAGACGUGGCGGGAAGCGUCACUCUUUCAGAACGGAAAGCAGAGUGGAACGCAACAGAAGCCGAGGAUCCAGAGCGUGCACCAGCCCCGGGCACGUUUUGGGCUCUUGGAGAUGACCCAACGGUUUUAGAAAAGCCUCCCGUGCUGCAACUCACCGACGAGCCCGCUGGUGCCUGUGUGGACGGCCCGCAGGUGGUAACGUCUGCCGCGACUGCGGCUGAAACCCUCGUGCCCGACAAGCCGAAAACGGUCGGCGCCUUUACCCGUGACACGGCAGCUCUUCACAGGGCGCUUCUUGGUAACACGUGCGAAUGCGAAAAGACGAACUGCGACGGAGGCCCUAACACCCAGGAAGCAGCCGUCACCGGCACGUUUCCAUUGUGCGCAAGGGCGGUACCGGCAGCCGAGAGCGCUGGUCGCUCUGAAGGGUUGGCGGGCCGGCACGAGCCGAAAAGCGUAACAGCAAAAGGAGACUCUCUCUGGGUCCCCAAAAGAGAGCUGCGUGCCGCUGCCGGGGCUGAAGGGAAUCUGUGGACUGCUGCAGACUCAACACCGGUCGAGCUCUCAGAAAGGCCUGGGGCUUAUGAGCGGAACACCUUUUCCUGGACACCGGCGGGAGAAGUGGCUGACAGUCCCCCGGAAGCCAGCAGUGAGAAUGCGAACCCAAGUGGAGACGGGAGCACAGCUCCUAGAGGACAGACUACCGUUCCGGCGUGCCUCUUAGACUUGAACCGUACCAGGGAGACAGGCGCUUUCGGAGGUGCGAAACGCAUGUCAGAAAAGCCUUAUGGGCACGUUCAAAGCGGAGCAGAGGGCUGCCAGUUUGCCUACGUCGCGCACAGCGAGCCGAGAGAAGACUCACAGGAAAGACGGCAACAAGAAGGGAUGCCCGAUUGCGUCGACGCGAAGUCGACCAAUCAGACUCCCCCGCGUAGCCUCGGCCCCGCUCAACUUCCGAGGGAUGGGCCAAGCGACGGUUUGCGUGAGGCGACGGGUCGCCUCUCUCCCCCUAAACAGGACCAACGAGACGACUCACUAUGUAAGGCGACCUCCGCGAAGGAAGAAGACGAGACAGCUGCACCGAUAAGUGGCCUGUCGUCGGCAGCUUUCCACGCCUGUAUGCCAGGAGAGCCCGCAUGCGGGGAAGAGGAAGACCGGGCGGAGUCUUUCUUGUCGACGGUCCCGGCGGCAUUUCGUCGCGGCGAACCGGUAGCCGCUCCUGGCUUGGCCCGCACCGCACAAGAGUGGGCGCCUCCAGACGCCGCACACGGCCCUCCACUGAUACCUCAGGCGAAUGCCGAUGUCAUGCUGCACGCACAGCGCCAUUCAUCUGGAGCCGCAGGCCGAGUUCUCCAGCUGGAAGCCGUGCUGAACUGCGAAAACGAAGCCCCGGGACGGCUGCAUCCGAUUGGUCAGGACGGGGGGGGAAUCUCUUUAUUUUGGAACGAUAUUAGGCUGGGAGGCGGAACUCCCUCUGUUUUUUCGCUGAGAAAGGCUGAAAGCGAUAGUUCAGGAACCGUGCAUGGGACAUCUACGGGUGAAGGCGACAGCCGGCCUCAGGAAGGAUCCACGUGCGGAGGACGUGACGCUCAGCCUUUCGGAGAACCUGGGUGUGGUGCAUCCGGCCGGUCAUCUGGAUUCGAGGUCGCCGAGAUUUCGGCGGAGGGGAAAAAAGAUGGUGGCCGGAACGUAGUUGGCGAAGGCGACAGCAGGUCGCAGGACUUCAGAUCCAGGAAACAGCGCGCGAGUACGCAGUCUUCUGAGAACUACCCGUCUGAGCAUAAGGCUUCCCCACCUGUGUCGGAUAUCUGCCCAUCCAUCAGCGGCGCCACGCCGUUGGUCCCCUCUGCUGAAGACAGAGACUUCGGAGCCUCAGCUCCAGCGUCUCCCCUCUCGUCGUUUCUUUCGUCGACGGCUGCCAACUCUCGGGCGACGUCGCCGGGGUCCUCCCGCCACCCGCAGUCCACGAAUUCCUGUGUGGAUCAGUUUCAUUCAAAGCUGCUUCCACCUUCUCUGUCCGAGUACUCCCGCGACCUUCCACGCACUCUGCACGACCCCGCUUUCUCUCAGGCACUGCUGCAGCUGGCCAUGAACAGCAGUAUAAAAGGCGAGCAACGCUCGGAGAGUUUGCCUGUCGAUUCCACUCCGCGGGCUGCCUCGCCCCUGUCACGUCCACUUGAACCUCUCCAGGCGAAAUGUCAACAGAGUGCCCCUGAGGCGUUGAACUCUCCGUCGACUGUCUCAGCACAGCCAAGCGGCCCAACAACAGUCAGUAACAGCGGAUCCACGGUCAGGUUGACCAAUGCCACGAGAGGGUUUGCACCCGGCUGCGUAGGCGUGGCGUCUUCGCCCGUUGUGCAGAGCACCGAACCUGCCGUUUCAGAUAGUCAGGGUGGCGGUGGCCAUGCGCUUUGCUUGCGGUCUCAAGAGACCGUCCAUUCGAGAAGACAAUUUGCCGGCACAGUUGCUCCGGCAGCGAAACCGCUAGGCCAGUCCUUCGUAGAAACGGAUGAAAUGGGUUCCUCGACGAAUCUACACCUAGGUUCCCCAAAUGCAUCGAUCAAGAACAAGGUAGUGAAGGAGCCUGAGCAGGAGGCGGGGAACCCGCCUGCACGGAUCGAAUCCAGCGUGUGUUCGGAUCGAAGAGCUGGCCUGCCGUCUAUCAACGCAGCUCCGGCCGUCGUCAGCCACGUGGGCUUCAGCCCUCAAACUCCAGGAGAGUUGCCCCUCUCUCGCGGCGGCCCUUCUUCCCUUGGCGGGACUGAGGGCGGGUCAGAGUCGAUUUGCUCAGUUCCUCUCAAGAAAGUACCAAACGGUCCCCGAUUAGAUUCCUCGCCUACAGCGCUCGUCACUCCAUCUACUGCGUCUGUGCCUCCGCUGUCUGUCUCACGUUCUGCAACUGAUAAUGCUGCUGGACUUCUCGGAGGGCAGGAAGCUCCCUCCUUGUCUCUAUCAUUGGAGACGUGUGGGGCCUUUUCGAGGUCGUCGACGUGGACACACAACUUUGCGGGAACCCCUGCGGCUUCUCCUCGGACAUCAGUGCUGAUUCACAAACGGGGCGCCCACGCGGCUAGAAGGCCGGCCUGGAGAGCAGACGAAGACAACUCUUCUCCGAAGUAUGUACUGCGGGGAGAAGAUACUUUGCUGUCAUCUCAACAUAUUGGAGUACACUCACAGGCCAGCUCGUGGCCCUCAUCCCUGUCGGGUGUUCCCUCGCCGAGAGGUUUGCAGCUGGCUCAGCAACAGGGCCAACCUCAGGAAAUCGCCAGCGGAAUCGCUUCACCCAAUGAGGCAAUGCCACGGCCGGCUCCACCUGUAUCUCUCUCUCACGCUGCCCCUGAACUGAUGUAUUCUUCCGAAGGGAUUCACACACAGAACGCCUCUCUUGAUGCUCUUGGAGUGCCUUAUAGGCAGUAUUCGCUGCUCUAUCUGGGCGACAGGGAACUCGAGAAAGGUGAACAUCCGCCGCUAGCCAGCAGCACCCUGUGCGGGGCUGUCAAGAAGGGGCACGUGCCUCUGGCGCCACUUUCUUCCGUACAUUUCUCGGCUUCGGCCGGACUGCGGCCCAACGGUGCGUUUUCAUGUGGCCCCAAAGCGCCUUUUGCCAGUUCAUCUUCAGGUGGUGCUCGAGGUAGCCACGGCAGCGGGACAAGCAGUACCCGGCACAGCACGCGAACACCUGGACGAAUCUACUCCCUUCUCGUGAGAGGCGUCCGGUGCUGGAGAGCUGAGUGGCAUGAGAAGACCAGCGGCCAGAGGAGGACGAGACAAUACGCAGCGCCCAAGCACGGCGAAGAACGCGCACGGGCAAUGUGCCUUUGGGCCCUCUGCGAGGCGAACUGUGUGCCUGUUCAUUUGAUCAAGGAGGCGCAAGAGCGCUUUGGCUACGACCCGCGCAACAGGGCUGGAGCUGACCCUGGAGGAGCCUGCCGGCAAAUGGUCCUGUGCGGUGAGGCAAGACUGCCGGCGAUACAGGGGGGUGACAGCGAUGUACAAAAGAAGCGGAAGCGCGGAGCUCCUGCAAGUCCCGUAACACAGGCGAAAGCAAGUCAGGAGUCUUCUGUGAGUGUUGGAAGUGGCCUGGAACGGUACAGAAGGGACGGUCCCGGAAGUCAACAGCGAACCCGCUCAUGGGCAGAAGUGUAUGAGAGAGAAAUUAGGGAGCAUCCGGCAAGGGAACCUGAGACAGACGGAAGUUUGACGAGCGCAAUUGGAAACGCACUCGGACUCGAACUGGGCACUCGGCACCGAGCAGGCGCUCUGUUGGGAGAAGCUGAAAAAAAGUAUUUACCCGGGCACUGCCAAGGCAAAAAUGAGGGAUCGUUCCCCACGCGUCUGCCUGGUGAAGCUGCCACGGAGAUUGGCCAGGUCCACUCGUUUACUGCAGGACCUCCAGAGCAGCUAACAGUGAAUGGGUUUCGCGCAGACAGGUUGCCGAGUCCGUACGGCUUCGCAGAAGGUGCAUUUACCCGCAUUCCAGCUCCGGAGCGUGGACAGAGUUUUGACAGUGCACUGAAUAUCAAAAACGCGGCAGCAGAACAACGGGAGCCAGAAACACGGCACAGUUUAUCUCCAGAAUUAGAAAUCCCCAAGCCAUCUCCCUUCUCCGAGUGUAGUGGAUUGAAUGAACAACCGAGGCGGCCAUCCCCAGUUACUGACGCUAAGCCGGAAAUAUCGGACGGGCAACCUACAGACAGAAAGCAUCAGGUGGUAAAGGGGACUGCAGACAACACGGGGACCGACGUGGCUGGGCUUCGGGACAGCAGCUGUGGAAGCGGUUUCUACGUUGGGUGCUCGGGCACUGCGCUGCUCCCUCAAGAUCUGCUUGAGCAGUCCGGUUCGGUCAGCCGAGUCGGAAAGAGCUCGUUUCAUGUGGAAUCGUACGUGAACGACAUAACCGGUAUUGGCUCCGUCACGUACGAGGCGGAUGCGACACCAGACAUGAGGUCCAUGCUAUCAAGUCAAACAGAGCUGCUCAUGUUCUACCGAAGAGUGCUUGGGGCCGUCUGCGCCAACGUCCCACUCCCUAAUCUUUUUAAGUCUGGGUUUUUAUAA